AUGAGUGAUGAAAGGCGAUCUUUGCAUACAGAAAAUGUAGAAUUACAACGUCGACUAGAAGGAUUAACCCCUUUACUUGCUGAAAAAGAAACAAAAUUAAUUAAAUUAGAACAAGAAAUUGAAAUAUUAAAUAAUAAAUUAAAACAACAAAUUAAAGAAAAUGAAAAUUUAAAAAUAAAUUUAGAAGAAAAAUUAAAAGAAAAUUUAAAACAAAAAAGUGAAGGGGAAAGAAUUGAACAACGUUUUAAAUUAAAUAUAGAAACUUUAAAUAAUGAAUUGGAGGAAAGUAAAAUAAGAGAAGCUGACUUGGAGAGAGAAUUGAGCGAAACAAAAAUAAAAUCAGAACAAAGAGAAGCUAGUUAUCGUCGAGAAGAACAUGAACGUUAUCAAAGAGUAAUUGAUGAACUUAAUGAACAAUUACAACAAAUAAAUGAACGUUUUGAAAGGUCGGAACGUGAAAGGAAUGAAUCAGAAAUAAAAAUUGAUGAAUUGAGGCAAAAGAAUGACAUUCUCGAAAUGGAAUUAGAAUUAGCACAUGAUAAAAUGUCCCAACAACAAGAAACAUCAAGAACUUUGGAAGAAAAGCAAAGAGAAUUACAUUUACAAGAAAAAGAGCACCGUUCAGCACAAGUUAGAGCCCAAAGAGAAUUAGAAGCAUUACAAAGUCUUUCCCAAUCACUUGCAAAUGAAAAUAAAGGAUUAAGAGAAGAAAGGGCCGAGUUGGAAGAAAGAAUUGGGGAAUUAACUGAAAUGUUAAAUAUUCGAGAAAAUAGAGUUAAAAGAGCUGCAGAAUUAAUUAAUGAAUUUCUUGAAAGAUAUAGACUAACUAGUGGUAGACUUAAACAACAAAUAGGUCGGCAAGCAGAAGAGUAAGUUUU